GGGGCGCUCGCACAAGAUGGCGGUGGGGCGGCGGGAGAGCGCGCUCCCCUCGUAGAUGCGGCGGCCCCUGCUCCCGGCGCCCGGCGGGGCUUACAUGGCGCUGGAGGACCUGCUGCUUUGUCUCUGCUUCUCCGCCCUCGCCGUCCUGGCCGUGCAAGGGAGCCUGUUGGAAGGGGAGUCUCUCGACCUGAGCUGUAGUGCUGGUCCUGCAAAGGUGAUACUGGAGCCAAACCAAGUAGUGGUUUUGGACUGUAACCUGACCCCUGCCGAGCAAGUGAUCAACAUCACAUGGAAGAAGAAUGGGUUUCCAUUAGUGGAGCAGGAACAUCUCCACGUGCUUCCGAAUGGAUCGCUCUUCAUCUCAUCCCAGGCUGUGGCAAAGGACAGUAAAAAUCCCAGUGCUGAGGGGAAUUACUCCUGCGUGUCUCACAGCUCCCUAGGGACUGUCACCAGUCAGACAGCUGCAGUCAGGUUUUCAACAUUGUCACGCUUUUUCCAGCAGCCAGAGUCACAGACGGUGGAAGAAAAUGGCAUGGCCCGGUUUGAGUGUCGGAUCGAAGGGCUGCCCUCCCCUGUCAUCACGUGGGAGAAGGACCAUGAAGCUGUUCCAGCAGAACCCAGGUUUAUAACUCUUCCCAAUGGUGUCCUCCAAAUCGUGGAUGUGCAGGAGAGUGAUGCCGGCGCUUAUCACUGCGUGGCCACCAACGCCGCCCGAAAGCGCUACAGCAGCGAUGCCACCCUGAGCGUGGUGAAAGGUUCCCAGCCAGCAGGAGGAGAUGUCACCAUCGUGGCUGCUCCGGAGAACACCACGGUGGUGGCCGGGGAGAGUGUGGUGAUGGAGUGUAUGGCAGCUGCUGAUCCCACCCCCUUCGUGUCCUGGAUACGACAGGAUGGAAAGCCCGUGUCCACAGAUGUGAUUGUGCUGGGCAGGACCAAUCUCCUCAUUCCCUCCAGCCAGCCCCAUCACUCUGGGGUGUACGUCUGCCGGGCCAACAAACCCCAAACCAGGCAGUUCGUCACCGCCGCCGCCGAGCUCCGGGUCCUUGCUACUCCCAGCAUCUCCCAGGCUCCUGAAACCAUCUCCCGCACCCGAGCCAGCACGGCCAGGUUUGUGUGCAAGGCGGAGGGGGAGCCAGCCCCCACCAUCCACUGGCUGAAGAACGGGGAGCCCAUCCUGUCCAACGGGCGCGUGAAGGUGCAGAGCAGCGGGAGCCUGGUCAUCAACCAGAUCGGCCUGGAGGACGCCGGCUACUACCAGUGCGUGGCUGAGAACAGCCUGGGCACGGCCUGUGCCACGGCCAAGCUCUCGGUGAUCGUGCGGGAGGGUUUGCCCAGCGCUCCCAAGAAGGUGUCGGCCGUGUCCCUCUCCAGCACCACAGUGCUCGUGUCCUGGGAGCGCCCGGAGCACAACAGCGAGCAGAUCAUUGGCUUCUCCUUGCACUACCAGCGGGCUGUGGGAACAGAUAACGUGGAAUACCAGUUUGCUGUCAAUAAUGACACCACUGAGCUGCAAGUCAAGGACCUGGAACCCAACACCAACUAUGUCUUCUACGUGGUCGCAUAUUCCCAGCUCGGAGCCAGCCGGACAUCCUCUUCCAUCAUUGUCCAGACCCUGGAGGAUGUUCCCAGUGCUGCCCCUCAGCUGUCCCUGUCCAGCAUGACUCCUGGUGACAUCCGUGUGACGUGGCUGCCCCCUCCUCCAGAGCUGAGCAACGGCAAGAUAACCAAGUAUAAGAUCGACUACUGCACCCUCAAGGAAGAUCAGGUCACCUCCAUCGAAGUGGGUGGAAAUGAGACCCAGAUCACGCUCUACUCGCUCCAUCCCAACAAAGUGUACAAAGUCCGGAUCGCAGCCAGCACCAGUGUGGGAUACGGGGCCCCCUCCGAGUGGACCCAGCACCGGACUCCUGACAGAGACAACCAGACACACGUUCCCUUUGCCCCAACGGAAUUAAAAGUCCGAGCGAAGAUGGAGUCUCUCCUGAUAACGUGGCAGCCCCCAGCCAACCAUGCCCAGAUAUCUGGCUACAAGCUCUACUACCGAGAAGUGGGCCCAGAGGAGUCCAGCAACGAGAGCCCCUUGGAUGGUGCUGAAGAUGAGAGCUGGGACGUAGGACCCAUAAAACUCAAGAAGAAAGUGAAGCAGUAUGAACUGACUCGACUAGCUCCUGGGAAACUCUACGAGGUGAAGCUGGUGGCAUUCAACAAGCACGAGGAUGGUUAUGCAGCUGUUUGGAAGGGCAAAACAGAGAAGGCACCGGUGACAGCAGUAGAUCCCCCUGUGCAGAAGGGUCCUCCUCUGCCUCCAGUCCAAGUCUAUGCAGAGUCCAACAGCUCCACUUCCAUAUGGCUCAGGUGGAAGAAGCCUGACUUCACAACAGUCAAAAUUGUCAACUACACCGUGCGCUUCAGCCCCUGGGGCCUGAAGAACGCCUCUCUCGUGACGUACUACACCAGCUCUGACGAAGACAUUCUCAUCAGUGGGCUGAAGCCCUACACCAGGUAUGAGUUUGCUGUGCAGUCCAACGGCGUCGGCAUCGACGGCCCCUUCGGCAGCGUGGUGGAGCGCUUCACCCUUCCCGACCGCCCCUCCACUCCUCCGUCUGACCUGCGGCUGCACCCUCUCAACCCCUACGCUGUGCAGGUGCACUGGUGCCCACCUGUGGAGCCCAACGGCAUCAUUGUGGAGUAUCUCAUCCUGUACAACGCCAACAACACGCAGCCAGAUGACAUGUGGACCUUGCUGACGCGAGAAGGAAAUAUCUUCAGCACUGAAGUGCAUGGCCUGGAAAGUGAUACGAGAUACUUUUUCAAGAUGGGAGCAAAGACAGUCGUGGGAUCUGGUCCCUAUUCCAACGUUAAGGAUGUGCACACCCUCCGGGAGAAGUUGUCUGAUGUCCUGGAUAUUCACUCUGUCACGGGGAUCAUCGUGGGGGUCUGCCUGGGGCUGCUCUGCAUCCUCUUCUGCAUGUGUGCCAGCUUCCGAAACAGCAAGCACAGGGAGGCCCUGCCAGGCCUGGAUUCCCAGGCUGCUGGCAACCACACGUACUACCACCGGAACAGGCAGGGGAUGGCUGCUCCCAGUGCCACCCUGGACUCACAUGAGCUUGAGUCUCUCAUGUCCCCACUCCCAGAGGAUGCACCCGUGCCCCUGGGGGACAUCACAGAGCUGACAGAGGUGCACAGCCUCAUCCACACGAGCCUCCCCGAGGACAUUCUCCAUGGGAAGAGGAAGUCUUCAUGGAACAAAUCGGCCACCCAGCCCUGGACAAACAGCAUUGCCAGAUAUGGGGACACCAUCACCAAGGAGCCCCUCUCUGCUGUGAACGGGUCACUCAAGCUCCCCUCCAGCACAGGGCAGAAGCUUCUGUUACAAGCUCUGGUUUAUGAUGCUGUGAUGAAUGAAACAAAGAAAAGCCACCCACCAGCCAACCUUCACCAAGUGGAAGCAGAGGUCAUUGUCCAUUCUGAUUUUUCAGCCUCUGACAGAGACUAUGACUCCCAGCUGCACACCCUGGAGAGUGAAGAGACAGAAAUGGAGGACCAGGAGCCUGCAGAGCUCCCCUCAGGAGAGCUGGCUCUUCCUGGCUCUCCCAGCUCCCAGCAGGACACAGGCCAAGUGUUGGUGGACUGCACAGGGAAUUUGGAGGCUCAGGCCCAGGCUGACACAAAGACUAACAAACCAGAGGCUGUUUGCAUCCCUGGGCUCACCAAUGGCUUCCACAGCCAUGGAGAAAGUCUGGAUUCAGUGGAGAGUGGAGACUCGGACUCCAUCCAGGAGGGUGGGCGGGAUGUGCAGCCAGUCAAGGGCCAGUUGCUUUCCACGGCCCCGGAGGAGGCCCCGCUCUGCAGUAACUCUGGUUUAACCAGUCCAUCCUCAGCAUCUGAGAACAUGGCACGUGUCCACAGCCACAGAGAGUGACCUGACCCGCUGCUGAUCACGGCAGAGCUGUGAGGUGCUGCCUGCCCUCGGCUCAUGGAGCCCAGCAGGAGCUGAGCGGGCACAGCAUCUCCCAGAGUGGGGCUCGGACCCCUCAGCUGGGCACACACCUGCAGGAAACCAGGAGGUACCUUGGGCAGGGCCGUUCUCCUUCCUGCUGAAGCUGGUGAGUAGCUGGGUGUUGGUGGGAGCAGGAUCGAGCUGUCUGCCAAAGCCUGACGCAGAGAACCACGAUGGAACGGAGCCUUUCUGCGCUAGACUGGGGCUGUCACUUCUCUGGAGUCCUCCAGGCGACUGGCAAGGCGUCGUGUAAUGCUGGGAAGUGGCAGAGCACACUGAGUGAUCCUCCUCAACUGCCUCUGCACCGGGAGUGCCUUGGCACUGCCGACUGUGCCGGGAUGGAUCCUGUCACGGGAGUCCCGGGAGGGGGUGGAAGCCGACGGAAACAAACGCAGUGAGCUGCAACCACCAGCCUUUUCUGCCCUCCCGUGGUUAGAAGGAUUCCCAGGCUCUCUGUAACUUCUACUAGCAGGCUGAUGUAGUGGCCUUUUAUUACACACUCUACGAGUGCCUCUAACAACUUGUACUAUAUAGAACCUUCUGCAGCGUCUGGGUCAUUUCACCAGCCUGGACUUUGUUUUAUGUAGGUUCUUGUACCUAAUAUUUUAGGUACACAUCUGUCCUUUUAAUGUACAACAUGUAUUUUUAUUUCCUUGGAACAUCUUUAUAUUAUUUAAUUUUAUAAAGUGGAAUAGUGUGUGGUAUAGAGUAGCAUUUUUACAACUUCUCUCUUUCUUUAUUUUUUCCUCCCUAACAACACAACUACCUCAUGUCUGUUGGAGAAAAAAAAAGAAAGCAGUAGAUCUACUCUUUUGUUAUAGUCCAUUAUAGGUUUUAACUUAUUCUUAUACUGCCUUUUUCUAAAGAAUAUGUUUGCACUGGUUGUUGACUCUUUUUUAACACAUAGUGCUGCAGAUCUGAUGUCUCUCUUGCUUUGUUUCUCUGACACCUUCCCUACAGCCUGAGAGUUGGGUUGUGUCUCUCUGUAGGACUGUGUUUUGCAGAAACUACCAAAGGAGACUGCUCCAGCUGGUGGGAUGUUGAUCCAUCUCUCAUUAAAAAGCUUAUACUAAUGAAGAGAAAAAAGAACCAACAAUUGCAAAAGUAACUUGCGAUCUUGGGGACAUCUAUUUCAUUUUUUGUGUGUGCCCAAGAGGAGACAUCUCAGAUGGUUUUGAUUUCCAGAAAGCAGCACUCAGCCUUCUGUAAGCAGUGGACUUGCUGAAGGCUUUGGAUGAACAAUUGAAAUUUUCCAGUCACUUCUGAGAGUCCUGGCCAAAGUGCUUUUGGGUGGAUUUUUUUUUUUUUUUUGAAGAGCAGAGCACUACCAGAGCUUUAAAAUGAAAAUCAAAUCCUUGGUCUCAUACCAGUCAGUCUGGUUUGAAAAUCAUCCGGUGACUCUUCCUGAUGAUGCUGUUUGCUUACUGCUGACACGUCUCUCAGCCUGGCCCUGCUUGGAGUGGACUUUUCUCCACCUUUUCUUUAGCCCUGCUCCAGGCCUGCAGAGUUCAACUGCAAAUGGUACCAAUUGGACCAGCUCUGCAGGGGUAACAAGCAUUGGUAACUCUGGUCAUGAGUGGUAAAUAUUUUGCCUUCCUGGAGGAUUCUGAGAUCUGGCCAUUUGUUUAUUUAAAAAAUGAAGGUAAAUAUGCCCAUCUCCCUCAUUUCUUUUUGGAGUUCCCCCAAAGCUCUAUGGGGGAGCCAUGUGCUGACCUGAGAUCCUGUAGAAGACUUCAGAUUUUGCUUUUUGUGGUGAAAUCUGGAUGGAGGCACUACUGCUUGCAGCAAGGAGAACCUCACUCUGCCAGCACCCUGUCCCUGUUGUGAGGAGCCAUGUCACAGUGUGCCCUGUGUGGAGCUGAGCUGCACCAGCCCGUGUCCCUGCAAUCCAUCACACCCUGAGCUCCAGCUCUUCAGCAGAGGAGAACCUCCAAGCCUCCAUGCACCCUGUUGGGAAGGAUAUUGGAGCUUCCACCUCUCUCCAGCCUGCAGCCUGUCCUCCCAGCACCACACACUGUUCUGGUAACUGCCUGGAUUUCCAGUUGUUGCGCUCACUCUGUUUGGUCCAGCUGCUGCUUGGUGUCUUGAGGAGUCUCAGAAAUGCUGUUCCAUGCUCUGAAGAGCCAUAACUCUGGAAUGCUGUGGGACAGAGACUGGAAAUCGGUGCCGGCGAGCAGGUGAGGCAGGAGUUAGUGUGUGUGUGCUACUGGAGCGAGGAGCUAGAAAGGCAGAGGAUAAUAACCCCCAGACCCCACUGCCACAAGACUUUGAAACUCAUGACUUAGCAGGGUACAGCUAAGGCAGUGCAGUGUUAUUGCAGGCAAUAAGGGCAAUUCACAUUCUAUGGGAGUGGAGGCAGAGGCACAAACCCUCCAGCUGGGCAGUGUCAGGCACUCGCUGCAGAGGGUGGGGGGAUGUUCUGCAGGUGGGCCUCAGUUCCCAGUUAUUUCCAUGGAACAGUCCUUGCCCUUCCCCAGUGACAGAACAGGCCCUGCACAAGCCAUGUUGCCACUGCUGGGGUGCAGAAAGGGAGGAGGACACUUCUCAAAAAUGCUCACUCUAGGGGAACCACUCCAGGGGAGCCCUUGGUCACUUCCUUUCACCUCCCAAACCAGUUCCUCUGCCCUCACACACGUCAGGGUGCCGAAGGACUGCUCCUGCUGAGCAUCCUGGCUAUCAGAGGGCAGUGCCAGGAGCAGUUUGGCCAGCAGCAGGUAUGACCAGGGCACCAGAGUUCUCCUCCCAGCUCCCUGUCAGGACACAGUACCUGGGGCAGGUCAUGGACCAGCCCUGAGCUUUCCAUCCAUGGGAUGGAAGGGGAUGGAGGCUUAGUCCAGUGGCUGAUACAGAAAUGUGCCACAGUUUUCGGGAAGCUCCCUUAUACAUGCACCCUCUGCUUUGUCUGUACUGACUUUAGCAAUCCCACAGCCAUGAGCUGAGCUGCCUGAAAGCUGUCCCUGCCUGUCACUGAAGGCAGGCACCGUGCCUCUGGAUCAACUUGGGCCAACCACAAAACACCACAGUACUUAUGUGCCCCGAGAGCUUUGGGGGAGAUGCAGGAGAGCACAAACAGUUUUGCUUACACAUCCCAGAAAUACUUUGUCUCCUCAUGCUGAGGCUUGUUCUGGUCUCAUUACACCUCACCAAAUUGUACCAGGAUGUGAGACUGGCAGCGUUUGGAUGUCCAAGAACUGUGGUGGCCUUGGGCUCAUACACCAAACCUCAGCUACAGCAAUCCAGGCCGUUCCCCUGGAGCCAGGAGGUCACCCCUGGCCAGCAGCAGCGGAGCUGUCCCUGGACCAACGCUUGUCCACAGGGAGUGCUGGGUGUCCGUGUCCAACUCGGCUGUGCUCCAGGUCUCUCCUGCCUGGAACACAUGGGGACCUUUCAGCCCCAGCUAGAAAUGAAUUGAAGAAGACACAUAAUACACACUUGAUGUGUAAAGCUGAAACAACCAGUGCAUAUAUUUUUUUAUCAUGGAAUAAGUAGCUUUCUUGCAGAUUUCUCACAGGCACACAAGCUGUUGAUACCUUUAAUUACCCAUCAUGCUUAAUAUCUGUUCCUGCACACCAGGCUCCUUUCUCCCUUUUCUUCCUUUCAGUAACACUAAAGAUUAUUGCUGUUCAACUUUUUUGCUGGUGUAUAUUGUUUUACAUUGUUAAAAUGUCAGGUUUGUCUCACUGGCAUAAUUUUGUAGUAUUAAUGUUACUGUUUGGCUACACAACUGUAUAUUCCCCAUGCUGCUGUGAGAGUCACAAUUCUCAACCUUUCAUUUAUUUUCAUUCCUUGUUACAUGAAAAACAUGACUCAGAAAACCCUCUAUCAGCUUUUUGUUGAUUUGAUUUCUUACUGAACAGACAGCAAAGUUCUGGUUUAAAUAGUUCAAAUGAGAUAACUUAUAAUUUAGGGUUUGAGAAUCUUUUUACAUUACUAGCUAACAGUCGUGAGAUCAGCCCAUGAAAUAUGCUGUGUAAGAAAACAACCAUUUUACUAAAGCACUGUAUAUGUUUUUGGUCUCAUUAGUAAUAGAUGUUUUGAAGGGAUCAUUGUGUCUUUUCUAAUCAAUACUUUUGUUAGAAAAGCGGUGUUUAGUCCAGCAGAAAUCUACCAUCUAUUUCUGUUAUUCUAUUCCCUUGCUUGUAUUUUCAAGUUAAAUUUCAUUUAAUUUUCUGCACAGUGCAUAAGGAUGUGUAACCAGAACUUGAUCUUGUUUGAAGGUUGUGUCUGUGUUUGGUUCCAUGCUGUACUUUAUUAUAACUUUCUUUCUUCAGAGACUGUUCUUACUCCACAAAUACUCUUUAGUGUUAAAAGUGUAAGAAGACAUUGUCCUUAUAUUCCUUAACUAAUGGGUUAUUAAUAAAAUGUUUUAAAAAAAA